CGAGUUAGUCUCCUACUCCCCCAGCACACAAUUUUUUUGCUUCUCUCCGUUGCUCCCUUUUUCCGGAGAACCCAUCUCCGACCGCCACAGACCUCUCUCCUUUUCAGUUUCUCUCGCCGAUCUCUCCUCUCCUGUUCUCUGCAACACCUCCAGCCCUAAAUCACCGUCCCGGCCUCACGCCACCAGCCUCAAUCAUCUUGCUCCUCUCUCUUAGUAGCUCAGGAUGUUGCAAUUAACAACAGUGGGCAAGAACAAGAAGAGGAAGUCAAUGAAGGCAAGCCAGCCACGCCCACAAACACGUCUACAAUCACAAGCACAGUCAGAACAUGCAUUCGUCACCCCAACUAGGGGGCAAAUAGAAAUUUUUGGUGAAGCAGGUCAGAAUGUUUCUUAUGCACAGGCCAGGAAAACCCGUGGCAUUACACAGGGGUUGGGAACUCAAGCUCUGAUCAAUGCUUGCAAGCAGAGGAUUCCAAUCCGUACGAAUGGUGAGCACAAGCUCCCCCAGAAUGUUCGAGCCAAUAUUAAGUUUAGGUCAGAGAUUGGGAUACAAACACGUCAGAAUGCUCCACUUAUGGUCAAGCGCUGGAAAGAAGUCUCUGCUUCGGAUAAGGAAAAAAUCACCAAGGCCUUGGCGAUUAAGUUUGAUUUUGAUGGUACGGACCCGGUUGUAAGGAAAUUUAUUGAGGCUCAUAUGUCCAAGUCGUACUCACUAUGGAGGAGCAGGCUGAACAAACAUUACAAGCAGCAUGCUUAUGACCCUGAAUAUGCACGGGCACACCCUCCCGUAAAGCUGUUUUAUAAUAGAGAAAUGGCUGAAUGGGAGUGGUUGUGUGAUGAAUUAUUCACAGAUGAGGACUAUCAGAAACGUUGCAAGAUAAACUCUGCUAACCGGAAUAAGCAAGAAUAUGAUCAUCUUGAGAGUUUACCACCCUACCCGAAACAUAUAGCAGCUGCACAAGAGAUGCCAGUAGAAUCAAUAAAAAGGAUUCUGAGUAUGAUGAUGAUGAGGAUGAUGUUGAUGAUAAUGGUAAUGAUGGUGAUGAUGAUGAUAAUGAUGUUGAUUAUAAUGUUGAUGAUGAUUAUGUUGGUUAUAAUGAUCCUGUUGAUGCUAAUGAUGAGGAUGAUGUUGAUGAUAAUGUUGGAAGAAACCUAGAAGUUGAGGUUGAUAAUGUUGAAGAGCGUGGAAAUCAAAGUGUAUCCACCAAUACCGAGAAAAGCAGUGGAAAGAGAAAGCUCUCAUCCUUUACCAAUGUGCAUGGUGAGAGUUCAAAGAAGAGACAUGAAAUAGCUGAGCAAAGAUUUACCGAUUCUGCACCUCUGCGUGGUAAUGAUGAGGUUCAAUCAGUUUCAAAGGAGGUUAGCGAUGAAGAAUACUUGAUGCAAUGUUUUGGAAUUUUGAACAAGAUGGACGAAAUUGAUGAUGACAGUUACUCAAAAGCCUUGAAGCUCUUCCGCGGCGAUGCUACUUGGAGAAAGCUGUUUGUGGGAAUGCCGGAGAAGAGGAGAAAAAACUUCAUCCUCAAUCUUUUCUGUACAUGAUCUCAAGUUUGAUUGUUGCAUUGAAAGUUUGAAACAGUUCUUUUAUGGUUCAUGUCAUGUAUUUGGAAACUAUAGUCUUGGAAUUAUUGUGGCAGUAUAUUGGUCAUAUGUAUUAGAACUCUUAUUUGUCUCUUUGUUUCUUGGAAGUAAAAAUCAAGUGGGAAUGGUUUCUUUUUC